AUGACCAACACCUUGACCAGCUUUGAAAUUCGAUCAGACGGUGCUUAUGAUUUCUCGUUGCCUCUUCUACUACAGAACAGUCCACAACUACAAUCCCUCUGCAUUUCAUCUGACUCAGUGCUGCAGCAAUAUGACUUACUGUCGCCACUUCGGUAUCUCAGGUUUUUCUAUUUGGGCUUGCAUUCUCAACAAGAAUUUUAUGAAGGCAUUGACGGUCUCCGUCGCUUAUUUCAAAGUCUGCCCUAUGUUCAACAUGUCACGCUUGCAAACGUUAUUCAUAAUGUCGACAUCCUGCCAGCUUUCGCGCCUGUCCUUGACGGCCUUAUCUCAUUAACAACGAUGAGAGCGAUGCACCUCUGGCUGCAAAAAGAAGAAAGUGUCGAAAACUUGGAGCCUGUACUGCAAGCGAACAGUGCAUCUCUAUUGCAUUUGGCGGUAACGCUACGUCAUCAGCAGAAUUUCGCACCGCUUACCAACCACCCAUUUCCGAACCUUACAUAUUUACACAUCGACACCGAUCAAUUCUUCCUAUUCAGCGAGCAGCUAUCAGAACUGUGUUUCCAACGACAAGUUCCAGCCUUGAACACGCUUUCGCUCCGGGCUACCUCAAAUCGUUACCGAAAUAAUCAAUUACCGGGAGAAAUAGCUCAGCUGGAAGGACGACUCGCAAAUCUUUACACAGCUAUUGGUACCUUAGGGCAUCUACAUACUUUACGACUCGUGAAUAUGGAUUUUUCGCGCCCCAUCUACCGCAACGCUGCCGUCGCCAUGCUUAACGCUUUAUCGGCUUACGGUCACUUAGGAAGUCUUUACCUGUACUCGUGCAACUCGGUGGAUUGA